UAUAUAUAGAUCAGUGCUAGCAGGACUAAAGGAGUCUCCUGUCUUCCUCAGAGAAGCACUUUCUCCACUACAUGUUCACAGUCAUGAUAAAAGCAGACACACUGCCAGCGUUCAGUGCUGUGUGUGAGUCUGAUCACAUCCAGAUCUCUCACUACAGCACUGAAGAACAGAUCUGGAUGAGAGAGAAUCUGACUGAACACGACUGGGACCGAGCUCCUGAAGGACCGCCUGAAACUACAGACUGGUAUCUAGAUCUGAUCAGGAUUCUGUCCAACCGCACCGAGUCUUCUGAUCUUGUGGUUCUUCAGAGAGUGAUUGGCUGUGAGCUGGAGAAGCUUCCUGAUGGAGCAGUGAAUGUGACGCCGGUUGAUGAAUAUGGAUUUGGAGAAGAGGAUUGUGUUGCCUUUAGUUCUGACACCUCACAGUGUUCUGAUAAAAGUCUUAACGUCAAAGAAACCAAAAUCGAGCGAGACCAUCGAGUAAAACUUCAGGAAUUCUUCAAGAACUGUCUGGACUGGAUCUCAACGUUUAAUAACACCAAAAAGAAUUCACCAGAUGUUGGUGUGUUUGCGAGGAAAGCUCCUGAUGAUCACAGUAAGCUGGUUCUGAUCUGUCUGGUCACUGGUUUCUACCCCAGAGAUAUUGAGAUGAACAUCAGAUUGAACAGAAUUAAUAUUCAGAACCAAAUAUCAUCUGGAGUCAGACCCAAUGAUGAUGAAACCUUUCAGAUGAGAUCCAGAGUGAAGAUCGACAGAAACCACAGAGGAUCUUAUGACUGUCAUGUCAUUCACAGCAGUCUGACAGAACCAGUGUCAGUAAACUGGGAUGGCAGAUGUUCUGGCUGUGAUCCAGAAUCUCCGAUGUCUGUUACAGUAGGAAUAUUAAUAUCAGCUCUAGUUCUAGCUGUAGUCUUUUCUGUGAUUCGUCGCUGCAUCAACAGAAGGAAAAAGCAUCAUGGUCUGAUGAGAAGUUAUCGUUAUUAUGGAGGAACGACUGAACAGCUUCAGAUCCCCGAAGCGUCUGAUCAAGAGCUCAAUACAGACUAUUAGACACUCGAUUCUAAUUCUCCAGCUGUGUUUCCAAUCUGUGUCAGCUCUACUUUAUUAAGAAUAAAUGGUUAGUAAGAAGUUAUUGAUAAGAGGUAACAUAAAUUGCAAAACAAAAGCAGUUAUUUAUCUCAUUAUAUGAACAGUAAAUAAUAUG